UCAAGUGGCAGUGGCGCUCCAACUGCCAGUUUUCUACAAUACUAACUUUCUACACACUCCAGUCGCCACAAUGAGCAAUAUCACCGUCGGAGUUCUUGCUCUGCAAGGAGCGUUCUACGAGCAUGUCCAGCUACUAAAACAGGCUGCAGCCAAUGCAGCGCCCAAUGACAAUGUCUCCAAAGCGCAAUGGGAAUUCAUCGAGGUCCGCACCCCGCAGGAAUUGGCCCGCUGUGAUGCGCUCGUUCUGCCUGGCGGCGAAAGCACCACAAUGUCCCUCGUUGCCGCGAGGUCCAAUCUUCUGGAGCCCCUGAGGGAUUUCGUCAAAGUUCACCGGAGGCCAACCUGGGGCACAUGCGCCGGUCUGAUCCUCCUCGCCGAGUCGGCAAACCGAACGAAGAAAGGCGGUCAAGAAUUGAUUGGGGGUCUCGAUGUGCGCGUGAACAGAAACCAUUUCGGCCGGCAAACAGAAAGUUUCCAGGCGCCAUUAGAUUUGCCCUUCUUGGGGCCGGACGAGCCCCCUUUCCCCGCCGUUUUCAUUCGGGCCCCCGUGGUCGAGAAACUUCUGCCACACCAAGAAGGUAUCCAAGUGGCUGAGGCCAAACUAGAUGACACCGUCGUGGCACCUUCCCGACAUGCAGAGAGCGAGGCGGCUCUGGCCGUCAUGGAGGAUCAUGUGCAGGUGCUGGCCACUCUGCCUGCAAAAGCUGCCAAGGUAGCAUGCGAAGGGGCGCAGGCCAGGCCCCACGAGGAGACGGGUGACAUCAUUGCUGUCAAGCAAGGCAAUGUCUUCGGAACAAGUUUCCACCCAGAAUUGACGGCAGACGGCAGGAUCCAUCUGUGGUGGUUGCGCCAGGUCGAAGAGUCGGUUAGAAAGCGAAACUAAAAGCAUUGAGAGAUGUUUUGCAUGAAUGAAAUGCCAUUGAGCAUCGUUCUUCGCCGCCGCGUGAGGUAUUGGAACGAGGUAGUCUCUUGUUUACACGAAGCGAUAGAAGUAUUUGUACACAAACGCCGUUUUUGCGCCGACCAGAAUGAUGGAACCCUCGUUGCUUUCUACCUACCU